AGCCAUUACCAGCGGAUUCCAGGUUCCGCUACACAAAGCUCGUAAGGUAGCAGUUGCCUACUGUAAUCGAAGCUCGCAUCAAUUUCUUGAUUAGAGUCAUUAGACUGUCGCCGUGUCACGUGCUCUCGCUGUUCGUUCGCGCCUUCCAUCUCGUGCCACCUGAAACUCGCGUUGAACUUCCAUCAAAAUUCACCCCUCACACCCCCUUUCCCGGUUGCCCCUGCAGAGAUGCCCAGCUUCCCUGACGAUGUCGGCUCUCGCCAUCGAGAUAUUGGAUGACGACAGCACCGCAUCGUCUGUCGCGGCCCCGUCUCCUGCACCCUCACACUCCCUUGGAAAGCGCAAACAAAUCGUUGAUUUGGAGGAGAAAGUCGCUUGGACCGAUGAGGAUUCGGACCACAAGGAGAAGAUUGAGCCGCAGAGAGCCGUCAAGCGGAGGGCAAUUUCAAAAGGCAAGAGACCGGCCAGGAAGAGCACCGGCCGUGGAACCAAGGCGGCAAAAGGACACACCAAUGUCGAUGAAUCGAUUGUGCAAGGGAAGGGUGCCGAUGCCACCGUACCCGACUACUUGCUGGAGCGAAAGAAGCGCUUCAACCGGGAUAGAGAGGUUUUGAAGGAUGCCGGUCUGAAGCUUCCUCCCGACUACUCGGACAUCUACUUUUCCGACGACGAGCUGUUGUCGAACCUCGAGACGCGCCCCAAGUUCGACAAGGAAAGCGGCAUCAAGCCAUGCCGCCCAUACCGGGAUAUCGAGCUGGAAUACUCCGCCGGAGUCAUUCCGGCCCCUAUCGCCCAAUACCUGCGAGACUACCAGGUCACAGGAGUCAAGUUCUUGCAUCAGCGGUUCGUCUACCAAAAGGGCUGCAUUCUCGGCGAUGACAUGGGCCUCGGCAAGACGGUACAAGUCGCUGCCUUUCUUACCGCUGCCUUUGGCAAGACGGGCGACGAGCGGGACGCUAAGCGCAUGAGAAAGAUGCGCCGGGCCGGCAAUCUCUGGUACCCACGCGUUCUGAUCGUCUGCCCCGGCUCUUUGAUACAAAACUGGAAGAACGAGCUCAAUCGUUGGGGUUGGUGGCACGUUGAUGUCUACCACGGCACCGGCAAGGAAGACGUGCUUCAAACAGCCAAGGCUGGGAGGCUUGAAAUCAUGAUUACGACCUAUGUCACGUACAAGAAGAGACGCGAGGCAGUCAAUGAGGUUGAAUGGGACUGCGUGGUGGCUGAUGAAUGCCAUGUGCUCAAGGACCGCAGAUCCGAGACCACCCGGGCUAUGGAUUGCGUCAAUUCCCUUUGUAGGAUUGGCUUGACCGGCACUGCCAUCCAAAACAAGUACGACGAGCUCUGGACGCUCCUGAACUGGACAAACCCGGGCCAUUUUGGGACGCUUGCUGAGUGGACCCAAACCAUAACCAAACCUCUCACGGUCGGGCAGUCGCACGAUGCCACACUCAAGCAGCUUAGCAUUGCCAGGACCACGGCCAAAAAAUUGGUCCAGAAUUUGCUCCCGGAAUUCUUCUUGCGUCGCAUGAAGACCCUGAUUGCCCAUCAGCUUCCAAAAAAGAGCGACAAGGUGGUCUUCUGUCCCCUGACGGACAUUCAACGUGAGGCCUACCAGAACUUUCUGGAGGGAGACCAGGUUACCACUAUGAUCUCAGCCUCGGACCCUUGUGACUGUGACUCCGGGCACAAGAGAGGAUGGUGCUGCUUCAAGUACCUGCCGGAUGGGAAGAGGUGGAAUGACCUGGUGUUCCCCACCAUAAUUACACUCCAGAAACUGUCGAACCAUCUUACUCUCCUCAUUCCUUCAGCCACUGAUCCCAAUGACAAACAACAGUCGGAGCUUAAGACGCUCCAGACUUGUGUUCCUGAAGACUGGAAAGAGCUUUACCUAAACCGAGAUUCUAUGAUGAACCUGGCUAACCCGGAGUUUUGCGGCAAAUGGAAGAUUCUGAAGAAGCUGCUCCGCUUGUGGCACGAGAACGGAGACAAGGUCCUCGUGUUCUCGCACAGCGUCCGACUCCUGCGCAUCCUCCAGCACCUGUUCCACAACACGAGCUACAGCGUCAGCUUUCUGGAUGGGUCCUUGAGCUACGAGGAUCGCCAGCGGGUGGUUGACGAUUUCAACGCGGAUCCUUCACAGUUUGUGUUCCUCAUCUCGACCAAAGCCGGAGGCGUGGGCCUCAACAUCACGUCGGCCAACAAAGUUGUCAUCUUUGAUCCGCAUUGGAACCCGUCCUACGACUUGCAGGCACAAGAUCGUGCCUACAGAAUUGGCCAGGUGCGCGAUGUCGACGUGUUCCGACUGGUGUCGGCGGGGACCAUCGAAGAGAUUGUCUACGCGCGUCAGAUCUACAAGCAGCAGCAAGCCAACAUUGGCUACAACGCUUCGAAUGAACGCCGUUAUUUCAAGGGCGUGCAGCGAGACAGCAACCGAAAAGGCGAAAUCUUUGGGCUUAGAAACCUCUUCAGCUACCAUCCCGACCAGGUCGUCUUGCGUGAGAUUGUGAACAAGACCAACAUCGCGGAGGCCAAAGCGGGAGUCCACCUCACCGAUGUCGAUCUGGAUAAAAUGAAGGAUGAAGAUGAAGUGCUAAAUUUUGUCAAACAAGAAGACGACGAGGAGACCGGCGGCCUGAGCCAGCUAGCUAAACUGCUGACAGCCGAGAACCAGGAGGAGCUCAUCAAGGCGAGAAAGGCCAACAAGCCCAAGAGCGACGUCAUCGCCGGCAUCCUUGCCUCGGCAGGCGUUGAAUAUACACACGAGAACUCAGAAGUCAUUGGAACGAGCCGCGUCGAAGCACAGCUGUCGCGCAGGGCGGAACUGGCAGCCAACGCGGACAGCCAGGAUGCCGAGGGCGACGACAGCGUCCUGUUCGCCGAUAGCCAAGCUAAUAGCGUGCCGGCGAAGGGGAACCCGUGGAGGAUGCACUACAAGUUCAAUCCGCCUGUGGAUGUCUUGCGGCGGCAGUUCUGCUCGAUGGCCAGGGAGUUUGGGUUUCAGAACGCUACCGAUUUCGCCCUGGUCGUGGAGAGUUGGACGCAGGAACAGCGGCGCAACUGCCUAGAUACGUUUUAUCGGCUGAGGGAGGUCAAGCUGCUGGAGAAGGAACUGGCAAAGAUAAAGAAGGAGGAGGAGAAGGCCAUUAAGGAGGUGAAAAGUGAGUCUGUAGAGACUGGCUCGACGGCGGAGAGCCGUGAGGAGGUUGUUUCUGUUAAGCAAGAGACGGCCCCCCGUGUCGGGCUAUCACAUCCUGUGUCGGUCAAGACGGAGAUGGCGGGAAAGAGGACGUCGAUUGUGUUUUUGUCUGACGACGAUGAGGACGAUGACCUUUGAGAUUUGUUACGUGUAAGUUUAUAGCAUCUGAUGAUACCCCUUUUUCGGUUCACGCAGGGAUUUGUGUUUUGGUAUCUUAGAAUUGGGGUUCCAAGCACUGAAUGUCUCGAAAUCUCUUUCAGACAAGACAUCAACGUGUACAAUGCUCUCGCAUGUGACGAUGGCCUCGACCUGCC